GCCCGCCGCACGCACGAAGCUUUCGCAAAUCCGAUCCUCGGGUAUCACGCCGGCAUGACGCGCCAUUUAGACAGGUCCGUGUCCGUCGCCGCCUCGUUCGCCGGCGCCGUCUUCAACCUCGUCGUCGCUGUCCGCCUCCUCGCGCUCUGGCGCUCGCUAGGAUGGGAGUCAGAGUCAGAAUGGGAGGCCUCUGGCGAUGUUUGGAGAAUCGAUGGCGUCAAGAUCGUCUGGGGGCUGCUGUCGACCUACUUCGCGGCAGCCGCACUGGCAUGCUUUGUUGGAUUUGUCGGCCUCACGAAGUCCAUACCCUCCUUUGUGCGCUUCUACCGCGACUAUUCCAUCGCGGAUUUCGCGUUCGUUACCGCCAGCACACUACUCGUCUCCUACAAGGCGUUUAGCGCGCCUUAUGUCCGUACCGGUGUGUGUGAGGAGCUCUCGCGCCACCCUGACCUGAUGCGCGACAUGGUCGAGAUGGGACUCAGUCAAGAGAAUUGCGAGCUCUGGUUCGAGCGCGCUGUUGUUGCUCUGCUGGGGAUUACGUUUAUUCUCAUGGUGAUCAGACUGCACACGCUUCUUGCACUGUCGAAGUACUACCGCCACGUUUCACGCGACGCGUUCAACGGCAGCAAGUCGCACGCAGGCCUUCGCUCGGCGAGCCCCGAUUCGUUGCAGCGCAUCUACCUUCUUCCGACGCCGACUUCUCCCGUGUCGUCUUCGAUGCCUUUCAACCACCACUUUGGUUCCGCUGCACAUUCGCGAUCAAACUCUGAUGCCAUCAUCGUCUACGCUCCGGUGCCUGUUGGCGGUGUCUCGGAGCAAGAGGCUCGCAAGAUGAACGCAACAGAGGCAUGGAUCCCGUCUCGCGCGUCCGCGGAUGUCGCACCUGGCACAGGCAACUCUGCGCGCAUGCACCGGCAUACGCGAUCUGCGUCAUGCCAUUCGCAUCGCUACCAUGGCGUCACUCGCCAGCCCGGCGUGCGAAGGGAGGGCGUAUGUACGCCGGUGGAUGAGAAGGCAGAGACGGGCCCGCUGUUCUGACAAGAGACGGUAUGCCCGCAAUGCCGUUGUGUUUAGUGUAUCCCUAGCGCCCGCCUCGUUUAGCCUUACCUCAUCCCGCCACAUCAUGGGUGGUUGGUUCCAGAUGUCGCUUGUGGUUGUUGCAUGCUCACUGUCUCCUUCCAUUGGUUCCAGACUGGUCUGCAAUAUUUAUGCCUGGCUGCCUCAGAUGCCUCAAUUGCGACCUUCAUUUGUCUCGUGUAGCAUGUGCUGCGGGUUUUUGUAUGUUUGUGUUGCAGUCUCACUG